CCCGCCCCGCCCGGCGCGGCUCCGUCGCUUCAGCUGAGGGGGCGAGGGGGGGGCUCCGCUCCGUCCCAGCCUCCAGCGGCCUCCCUCCCCCCCCCCCCGCUCGGCGCCUCCCUAGGAAGCCGGCGGGGCUUUGAGCAGGGGGGCGGGGUCCUGCCGUUGUCGUGGGGGAAGCUCUGGAAGCGGAGCCCUUGGGGGACCAUUGGAGGCUCCGGGGGUUCCGGCGCUCGAGUGUCUUCCGCCGUGCGGCUCUUUUUCGCAACAGCCGCAGCCUCGAGCUGGGAAGGAGGACACCGGCUAAACUUCCAUUCAGGCGUUUCCCAGGAGCCCCCUUCCCAUUAUGCAAGUCCACGGGGGCAACGUUAAGAACUCUGGAAAUGAGCGUUGCCCCCUCUGGUGCCAAGAAGAGGGGCAGGACCUUCGACUACAACCUCACCGACAGCGAAGGGAACUACUCCUACGACGAAUACCUGUGUCCUCAGGCGGAAGGCGGCUCCAGGCAGACCUUCCAGAGUGUCCUGGUGCCCUUGGUCCACCUGCUCAUCUUCCUGCUUGGAGGCCUGGGCAACCUCCUGGUGGUGGUCAUCCUGUGGCGCUACAGACGCUCCCGUACUUCCACGGAGCUCUUCCUUCUCCACUUUGCCCUGGCCAAUCUGCUGCUGCUGCUCACCUUCCCCUUUGGCGUGGUGGAGAGCCUGGCGGGCUGGGUCUUCGGCCUCUUCCUCUGCAAGCUGCUGAGUGCCGCCAACCGGAUGAGCUUCUACGCCAGCAGCCUGCUGCUCGGCUGCAUCAGCGUGGACCGCUACCUGGCCGUGGUCUGCGCCCUGCAGACCUUCCAGAGGCAGCGCGGCCUCUCCAUCCACUUGGCCUGCCUGGCUCUCUGGCUGCUCUCCUUUCUGCUGGCCAUGCCCGACUUGCUGUUCACAGAGGUCUGGGUGCAAAGCCACAACCUGAGCAUCUGCCACUUCAGGGAGUAUGGUGCGCACGGCAUCAACUCCUGGCUGGCCCAACGCUUCCUCUACCACCUGGUGGGCUUCUUCCUGCCCUUGGGGCUCAUGUGCUAUUGCUACACAGCCAUCGUGAGGCUCCUCUGCCGGUCCCAGCGGCUGCAGCGGCAAAAGGCCGUGAAGGUGGCCAUUGCGGUCACCAGCGUCUUCCUGCUCUGCUGGACCCCUUACAAUGUGGUCAUUUUCUGGGACACCCUCGCCAAGAUGGAGGUCACAGGGAAGUCCUGCACGCUUGACCAGGGGCUGAGCAGUGCCGUUGUUGUGAGCGAGGUGCUUGCCUACAGCCACUGUUGCCUGAAUCCCAUCCUCUACGCCUUCGUGGGCAUCCGUUUCCGCCACGACUUUUGCCGAAUCCUGCACGAUGUGGGCUGUCUGAGUCAGGGGGCCCUGCAGGAGGUUCUGGGGCCCUGCAGAAUUGAGAGCAGCACCGAGACCAACGUCUCCAGUGUCCGGCACGGGGCCUCCUCCUACUCCGGAAACACCAUGUCUUCCAGCCUGCCCGAUCGGUUCCCUUCUCACAAGGAUCCAAGCGGCCAAGAGUGUCGGGAGGAAGGCUCGGACCCGGCUUGGGCCCAAAGCAGGGGCUGAGCCCCACAUACCUUCUCUAAUCGCUUAGAUGCUGUUUCCCAGGAAGCUACGGGAGGCUUGGCUGUUGCCCCCGGCCUUCGCUUGUCCUGGUUCGGAUUGCGCUGCUCACACACAGAUCAGGCUUCCUCGAGAGCAGGGCUGUGUCCUCAUUGCCUCCCUGCAGAACAUGUUGCAUAUUUGGCCCCAGGAGGCCCUUGCCAUGGUCAGUGCUGACAUCACAGUCAACCCAGGCGUCUUGGAGUCAAGCGGGGAAUCCCACCGCCUGGGCCCUGGCCCUUCCCCUGGCUGCUCUUUGCUUUCGGCUGCCCCAGGCAGGAACUCUUCUUUCUGGGCAGGCUGUCCCAUUAGCAACUUGCCUAUCUGCAGCGUGUGAGGCGAGGAAGUCCUCCGUUCCCCGAAAGAAAUCCAGCCCAUGUCUCCUCAAUCCUCCUGUGGCCUCUGCUCGUCCCCAGGGGCAGCCAAGCCUGCAACUGCUCUCUUCAGAAACCCCUUUCCUUUGCAACCGUGCCCCCCCCCCGAGUGCCUCCCCCCCAGAGCUGCACCGUCAAGGGCCUGUUCACAGGUUUGGCUUUCCCACGAUCACGGCAUUUUUCACCAGCCUCUAAAAUCCCCAGACUUGUUUAACAAAAUUCCCAGUACUUUUGUAUUUUUGUUGUAAAUAUUUGCUCUGGAGAAUGUGUGAAACAGAUUGUAAACCUUCCUUGUGCUUUCCCUUGCUUGAAAUAAAGACAUUGCCAGCCUU